CGGAUAGAAAAUCAGUAUUUGAAAACUGAACCCUAUCUAAAGGUCUUUACUCCUUGUGCAUGUACUUGCGCUGCGACUUCAGCAUCUUCUUCUUCCUCAUCCUCCUCUGGCUGUGGCGGUGGUGACGGCGGUGGAUUUCGUCGCUGUCUCUUCACGUUCGUUUUUAUCCCUGCACGUACAAAUAUCCAGAUAUAUCAAACAAUUAUCCAAGCAAUUCACAACAGAUAUCAUGAUGGUUAAAAACCAAUAUCCAGAUAUAUCAAACAAUUAUCCAGGAAAAUCACAACUGAUAUCAUGCUGACCAAAAACCAAUAUCCAGAUAUAUCAAACAAUUAUCCAGGCAAGUCAUAACUGAUAUCAUGCUGAUAAAAAACCAAUAUCCAGAUAUAUCAAACAAUUAUCCAGGCAAGUCACAAAUGAUAUCAUUCUGAUCAAAAACCAAUAUCCAGAUAUAUCAAACAAUUAUCCAGGCAAGUGACAAAUGAUACCAUGCUGAUAAAAACCAAUAUCCAUAUAUAUCAAACAAUUAUCCAGGCAAGUCACAACUGAUAUCAUGCUGAUUAAAAACCAAUAUCCAGAUAUAUCAAACAAUUAUCCAGGCAAGUCAGAACCCAUAUCAUGCUGAGUAAAAACCAAUAUCCAGAUAUAUCAAAGAAACAAUCCAAGCAAAACACAAUGGAUAUCCAGAUAUAUCAAAGAAACAAUCCAAGCAAAACACAAUGGAUAGUCUGGACCCUUCGUCGCCGCCGAAACCCUGCCCUUCGUCGUCGCCGAUUAGUCUGGACCCUCGUCGCCGCCGCCGAAACCAACCACCUCGUCGCCGCUUCGCAGGUCCGUCGCAGCCGCUUCGCUGGUGGUCGCCGUGAAAUCGCUGCUUCUUCGUCGUGUUCGUGAGAGGAGGAAAGUGAGAGAGAGGGGAAAAGGGGGAGAGAGGGGAAAGUGGUUCUGGCGGAGAAACUGAUUUGGGGAAAGAAUUUAUGGUUUUUGAAUUUAUGGUUUUUGAAUUUGUGGUGGGUUUUUGAAUUUGUGGUUUUUGAAUUUGUGGUGGGUCAGUCGUGGGUUUGGCCAGCCAACCCAAACCGACUCACCUUUCUCAACACAAACCGGCGCCAUCUGAGUCUCGCCCUCGUGGACAAUAGAUCCACCGUGUGAGUAUCUACUCACAAUUUAUGCUGUGAGCAGCAUAACUAAGUUGAAAAUCUGUUUUGCUUCAGCAAAAGACGAACAUGUAACCGGUGAAAUGUCCAUCACUUUGUCACUAGCUUCUACUUUGAUUCUACCAUCUCUAACUCUCUUUAUAAUCUUCAUGUCUUUGAUCUGGUGAUGCCAGCACUUACAUGCGGUUCCACAAUGAUGAUUAGAAUUUCACUCCACAAACUUCUUGCAUACAUACUGUCAACAUAAAAGAACCAACUCAAUCACAAAAAAUAAAUUUAUUAAGUAAGAAAGGAAAGAAUGAAACUAUCUAGAGGAAUGAGUAAUGCCUCAUGCAUAAACCAUUAUCUACUUGAUUCCAAAUCCGAGUAGUCUAUAUAUUAAAUGAAACAAUGCUCGUGAUAAGGACAUAAACGACUCAAACUUGAUUGCAAUGUUUUGAUAAACCAUCGAAGAUCAUACAUACCUCGACCGCUAUUAAGUAAUCCUCAGUUGACAUUGCACGUGAAUAUUCUUCUCGAGUGAAACUUAAACAGUUAGGAUGGAAUCCGAAAUAGGUCGUCAAAAAAAGCAUCUUUGUCCACCCGUUUCGAGAAAUCCCACUCGAUUUUUAUACGGUCGACUCUUGGAAUAGGCGAGUUUUCCUGAAAUUCAUUCCUAUCAUGCUGCAUAUAAUACGAUGCAAUAAAUAAGCAUACAUAUGAAGUACAAAACCAAUAAUCAACUAUACAAUGUUUUUUUCAAUAGACGAUGUUGGAUUGGCACGACAAGGCAUUGUGUGUUUGCAAAUUAUAUCGAAUUAAACAUACACUUAAAUGAAACAAAAGGAUGUAUUGAAGUAUAAUUUAAGUAAAAGAUUAUGUCCACAUACCUCAAAAUGUUCUGAAAAGCAGAAAUCAAAAGUCAGGCGAAAUCAUGAUUGUGUUAGUUGCGCAAGAAAUUUUCUCAACAUAUGGAAAUUUUCUCCAUCAUAUGCUAAGCUCCAAUAUUGUGCAUCAAGAAAUUGACGAACUUCCUUGUGGUAGCUACUGGCCUCGCCUAAAAUUUUAAUGAAAAAAUCAAUCCUUCCUAAUAUCGGAAAUCACACAGUUUUUGGAGCCUCCAAAUCCCCGGAACCACGCACAGAAACAACUUCUGUAAGAGCGAGGCACUGACAAUGAUGCUAUUGAGAAUCUGUUUGCCGGCGGGAAAACUGACUUUUGUGAGAAAGAGCUGCAUGAGGGAGCUGCCAAGGCCUGCGAAAUGGUUGCUGUUGAUCUCCAUAUCCUUGAACUGAUCGAAAUUGCAGUUGACCAAUGACACGCUACAACACAACACCUAACAAUGGCCAAGUGUAACCAAUGAAAGGGACUGCAGUAUAGUGGCACAAGUAAUAAAUAUCGAAUCCACGG